AUGCGGGCGCCGCGGCCGCGCCUGGCCCCUGCCGUGCUGGCCGCGGCCGCGGCGCUGGCCGCCGCGGCCGCGGCGGCCGCGGACCGCGCCUCUGCUGCGCCCGGCGCCUCCUGCCGCACUCGCGAGGAGGCGCGGGCGCCGGCGCCGCUGCGCCCGUGCGCUGAGCUGGCGACCCAGGCCGAGGCGGACUCCCUCGAGCCUGGCAUCGCCACGGCGCUGCUGCAGCAUGGCGGCGGGCUGGCGCUGGCGCCCGCCGAGGCCGCGGCCGCGGCCGGCGCGCGCCGGGCGCUGGGGGCCCAGCUGGUGGCACGCGGUGCGGGGCGCGCCGUGGGGCGCUGGCGCUUGGCCUCUGUGGCCAGGCUUCUGGCGCCCCGCUGGGGCGCGGGCAAGGACCUCGGCAUCAACAGCACGAGCCCCGGGGUGCUGGGUGUGCUUACUGGAGAAAAGUCGAUCUUCGAUCUGGAUGACCCGAAGAUAAGCCCCACAGAUUUCUUUCAGUCCGCCACUCUCCUGGACUGGAUCAUCCUCGCCGUCGCGUGCGCGGCGUUCUUCGCCCUGGACUUGGUUGUGCUCAAGAUUCUGCCGAACACACUCGGCUGGUACGUCGCUCUGGUGGGCUUCUGGGUCGCCGUCGCGCUUGCAUUCAACGUGCUGAUUUGGAUACGGUUCGGCACUGAGGAGGCGACAUAUUGGGCGAUGGGAUACGGAAUCGAGUGGAUGCUCUCCCUGGACAACCUGAUGCUGAUCCAGAUGGUUUUCAUCCUCCUCCGCACGCCCCCUGCCCAUUACUCCAACACGAUUCUCAUCGGCGUCGUCUGCUCCAUCUUCGUCCGCCUGCUGUUCUUUUUGCUCAUCGUGUGGAUGGUGGACCAUAUGGAGUGGGUCAGGUAUCCAUGUGCGGCGAUGCUCGUUUGGAGCGGCAUCCAGGGCGCCAUCGUCCACGAUAAUGGUGACGUCGACCUGGAGGACUUGGUCGUGGUUAGGGUUCUCAGACGGCUUUUUGGCGACUGCCUCGCUGGGAGCUACAGCCUAGAUGGAUCGGUGUUCAAGCGGGACGCAUCCAGCGGGAGGUUCCAGGCGACGCUGCUGCUGGUGGCCAUCCUGAUGAUAAUAUUGAUCGACACCCUCUUCUCCCUGGACUGCGUGGCUGUCAAGGCGAGCCUGAUCCCGAAUGGGUACAUCGCCUUCAGUUCUAGCUUGCUGGCCAUGUUCGGUCUUCGCGCAAUGUUCUUUAUCAUCGCCUCCAUGAUGGAGAGGUUCGACCUUCUGCGGUACGGGCUGUGCAUUAUCCUCCUAUUCGUGGCUCUAGAGAUUAUCCUGGCCCCGUGGGUCUACAUAACCCCCGCCAGUACGUUCCUAGUUAUGGGUGCGAUGUUUGCCGUCUCCGUCGCGGGCUCGGCCGUAAGGAGCCACAGGGAUGCUCCCGACAAGGGGGCGCAAGACCAGAACGGGCAACCCCAGGAGGGCCCGACAAUGGCCAGCCCCAGCAUGCGCGCUGACCCAGCAGGGCUCACUAGUGACCAGUGA